CAUCUGCUAGGGCUCUGCACAGUCGAACGCGGUCAACCUGUUGCCUAGUCUGAUUUCUCUUGUCCAUCUCAGUCCAUCCCACCCUGCCAGGGUCCGAGUCAUUCCAGAAGCUGAGCAGCCAUGACAUUUGCUGAGGACAAGACCUAUAAGUAUAUCCGAGAUAACCACAGCAAGUUUUGCUGUGUUGACGUUCUGGAGAUCCUGCCUUACCUGUCCUGCCUCACAGCUAGUGACCAGGAUCGACUGCGGGCUUCCUACAGGCAGAUCGGGAACCGGGACACACUCUGGGGACUCUUCAAUAAUCUCCAGCGCCGGCCUGGCUGGGUGGAGGUCUUCAUCCGGGCACUGCAGAUCUGUGAGCUGCCUGGGCUGGCUGAUCAAGUGACUCGAGUUUAUCAGAGCUACCUGCCUCCAGGUGAGCAUCCUGCCCUAGCCUUUUUCCUGGGCCAUUGCCUGUUCCUCUGGCCCACAGUCUCCCCCUUCCUUCACCCUUGGACCUUCUGCCUUUCUGUCUCCAUCACUCUCCAUUGUAGCAUAUACCUGGAUUUAGAUCCAGCUGAGCCACUCACUAGCUAUAUGUCCCUUGAGAUGCCCUAUAAAUAUCUGCUGCCCUUUGUCAGCUCUGGGAGAAGCAACUGCUUUAUCUCAUUUCCUCUGUUUCAGAAUUCAGAGCAACUCCUCCAGACCAACUCCAGGGCUGUCGCGAGGAUGUCUGGUGGCUCUUUGAUACCCUCUCCUAACCAGCAGGCUCUUGGCCCUCAGCCCUCCAGAGAGCAUCAAGAGCACGAACCAGAACUGGGUGGCGCCCACGCAGCAAAUGUUGCCUCUGUUCCCAUAGCAACCUAUGGACCUGUGUCUCCAACGGUUUCUUUCCAGCCCCUUCCAUGUACUGCCCUGAGGACAAACCUCUUGUCUGAGGUCACAGCAUCAGCUCUAUCUGCUGAUACCUCUUUGUCCUCCUCGUCCACUGGAUCAGCUUUUGCAAAGGGAGCUGGUGACCAGGCCAAAGCUGCCACCUGUUUCAGCACUACACUCACCAAUUCUGCGACUACCAGCUCAGUGCCUUCUCCCAGAUUGGUCCCAGUAAAUACCAUGUCUUCCAAGUUGCCUCUCAGUUCAAAGUCCACUGCUGCGAUGACGUCUACUGUGCUCACCGAUACAGCGCCAUCAAAAUUACCCAGCAACUCAGUGUAUGCGGGCACAGUGCCAUCCAGAGUGCCUGCUAGUGUGGCCAAAGCACCUGCCAACACAAUACCACCUGAGAGGAACAGCAAGCAAGCCAAGGAGACCCCGGAGGGUCCAGCAACCAAAGUCACCACUGGAGGCAACCAGACUGGACCAAAUAGCAGUAUCAGGAGCUUGCACUCUGGACCAGAGAUGAGCAAGCCAGGUGUGCUGGUGUCCCAUUGGGACAACGAGCCAUUCUCAGCCUGCUCUGUGGACCUUGCCAUCAGCCCUAGCAGCUCCUUGGUCUCAGAACCCAGCCAUGGUCCAGAGGAGAAUGAGUAUUCAUCUUUUAGAAUCCAGGUAGAUGAAAGCCCCAGUGCUGAUCUAUUAGGAAGCCCUGAACCACUAGCCACCCAGCAGCCCCAAGAACAGGAAGAGCAUUGUGCCAGUUCAGUGCCCUGGGCUAAGUGGCUUGGGGCCACCAGUGCGCUCUUGGCUGCAUUCCUGGCAGUGAUGCUGUACCGUAGUAGGCGCCUGGCCCAGUGAAGCCUCAGCUGUAUGCUGUUCUCUUGCUCAGUUCUGCCAAGCAUGUUUCUCUAGGCUUGGGCUGGUAGAGGCUGAGUCAGAGAAACUUAAAUAUGGCGAGGUCCACUGAGCUAUCCAGGUGGAUAGCUACACCAAGACGUCAUCACUGUUGGGUGGGGGAGAGACAUGGUUUUAUCCUGGUUCAUAUGUCAUCUUCUGGUCUUCAGCUUUUGGAGGCACUGUGUUACCUCCAUUGCUCCUGACCUGCCCACGUGGCAGUGUAAGAGUUCAUGCUCUGUGCUCCUAAGGAGGUAUCCCCACCAGCCUCAUCCCUGUUGGCCCAAGUCUGAAGAUGAGGAGGUAUCGCACUGUUGACAAUGCCCCUCAUCUUGCCCAGGUCUUCUGCAACACAAGCGUAGGUACACUGAUGAGUGCUCCCAUAGCAUCUUAUGCCUUCCACCGGCAGCCUGGUCUAAGGCCUUGGCAGGCAGGAGAGCCUGGGAGUAGCAGAGUGGCUGGUCUCUAGGGAGCUUUGAGUGCUCUGCCCCUUUGGGCCCUCUCCACAGCCAGUCAGCCCUGAGGGUGGGUCUGGAGGUUCUCUGUGGACUCUUAAGAAAGCCAGAAGCAACUGUCAGGCCUGAGGAAGCCCCUGGGAGGGAGCUUUUCUCCAACCUCCUUACCUCCUCCUCGCUUCUCCACUCCUGGUCUCCAUUCUCUUCCACUACUGGAUGAUGAGAUACCGAGUGGGCAGAACUCAGGCUGGGCUUGCAUCAGUCCCACCCUUUCCCUGGACGUUAGCAGAUGUCUAGCUUCUCUAGUCUCAUUCCCAAUGUAGAUAGCAGGCAGCUCUUCCUUUUACUGGGCUCCUCUGAGAUUAAAGGAUACAGAUACUUGCCUAGUGCUUAUCUCAGAGGGUGUGAGUACAAGUUCUUGCCCUCCUGCCCAGGCUGGUUGAGCUAAGGUGAGAGUGUGAGAGGCAGAGUGCAUAGUGGUAAUGGCAGUCUUUGAGAGAGCAGCCUUCAUCUCCAUCAUGCUUCUGUCUCCUCCCUGGUCAGGUAUAGGCCUCACCUCUGUGCCUCACUUUUCUUACCUGUGAGAUGGGGUGAGUGUGUGUGUAUACACACACACACACACACACACACACACACCCCACACACACAUGCUAAUAUAUUCUCACCUGUGAGAUGGGGAGUACGCAUACAUUGAUGCUAAUAUAUUCUAGUUUUAUCAGGAUAAUUAAAAGAGUUUAUCUGUGCAAA